CCGAACUACCCGUACCCUACCCUAAUCAAGCUAGCUAUUCAUGGUAGUCCGAAGAAGCGCCUUACGUUGCAGGAGAUAUAUAUCGCUCUCGAACAGAGGUUCCAGUGGUUCAGGGACAAUGCGCACGACAAGGCGUGGCAGAACUCGAUCAGGCAUAACCUAUCCCUCAAUCGGUGCUUCAGCAGAGUCAAUAAGCCCAUUACGGAACCUGGGAAGGGAAGUUACUGGGUGGUUGAU